UUACCCACCAAUCUCCCACCAAUCAGCAUGAAGCAUCACAGGAAUAAUUAGAGUCACUUUCAACAGCUUCCCAGUUUCUGGCUAAAUCCUUGAGUGACAGUCGCUCCAUAGUCAGUAGAGAGUAGUAGACAUAGUAAACUGCUUAGAGGUCACUGACAAGUACACACCUGCCUCCUGAAGAGUGUUUCUGGUCUGUCGGAUGUUCGUGGAUGUUUCUUCAUUAUGAGUGCUCAACCAGUACAGCUCCCUGGAAGAUGCAGAAACAGCUUGUUGAUCAAGACACUACUUUUAUUUGUACUUUUUAUUGGGGUUUCAUAUGUCUAUUUUUCUAGAACUUACUACAUGGCAACCAUAAUGGUAAUAGCAGUUUAAUUUCUUAUUGUGAGCUGAGUUUGUAAAAGCUACCUUGCCAUACAGAAGAACAGAUGCAAAGUACAUCACUGUGUAAACAAAGUAAACAUUUCUAGUUCACUUUAGAUAAGUGAGGAGUUUUAAAUGUUAAUGAACUUGUUUAAAUGUACUUGUUGUGUACGCAGUGCCAAACAUUAAACAAGGGUGUUGCCAUUUCAAACAGAAUCUAAUUUCCCUGGCACUGUGGAGCUGAUGUUUUAUGAGACAGGGAUAUUAUGGCUCUAGGUUUGAAAGCUCACUGGGAUGGUUCAGUGCAUUUGAAAUGUGAUGUGCGCUUCUGUAUGUGUGUGAGGAUGUGUCCAUGCAUGUGAUGUGUGUGUAUGUGCAGAGUAUAGAGGAACAGAGAGACACCAAAUUCAAUGAAAUUCCCUCUGCCCUUAGGUACUAUUGGGUAAUCUGUACCCCAACAGCUUGCAGGUGAAAUGGGAGUCUGUGGAUGACAUAAUGCGUUCAAUAUUGGGCGAUCUCCCAAAAGCUGGUAACUUCAGCUCUAUCGAAAGCGCUUCCAGUGGCCAACACAGUGUGGUCAACCUGGAGCAGCCCAGAGCCCAGUACUGUGUGGGGGACACCUUGAGCGUGCUGGUGAACGUGAAGGACUACAGGGGGAACCCAAAAGCGCAUGGAGGCGACUUCAUCCUGGCCCGGAUCCACUCUCCCGAACUCCAGGCUUCUGCAUCAGGACAAGUCACUGACCUGCUUAAUGGCUCCUACCGUGUGAGUUUCCACAUGUUCUGGCCUGGAGACGUACUGGUGUCUGUGAUUCUCAUGCACUCCUCUGAGGCAGUUGGGAUCCUCAGGAGAAUCAGUGUGCACAACUAUGAUAAGAUCAUAUACACCGGAGCCUUCUAUAGAGGGGAAAAAUAGGAGGAAUCUCGGUGUGGCGUCCGGCUCAAAUCGGACAAGCCCCUCUGUGAGUACAGGAAGAAGGAAGAUGCGGAGUACUACGCCUGCAUCCCACCCAAAACCCUUCCCUGCAGCACCCUGAGGACCAUGCGGUCAGGAAAUGGCCCAAUUCCUAACAUGACCAAGGAUGAGUAUCAUCUCCUGAGCCAGAAAAACACUGGAAUUGCAAUGAGAAACAGUUUUGCUUCUGUGAAAGUCGUCAAUUGCCCCGCGGGAGCCCACAGACCAACUGAAAAGUGCAUGGUGGGAUUUGGAAUGAAGUCCCCUUUACCGACUGGCUACUUCUUUAAAAACAGAUGGUCUUCCUCCUCCUGCCAGACCGGCAGCUUAUUCAGUGCAGACGCCAUUAGCAGAUGCCUGAAGGACAAGAAGCUGAAACUCAUGGGAGACUCCACUGUGCGUCAGUGGCAAGAGACACUCAUGAAUACGCUAAAAGGUCUGAAAUAUGUGAAACCAUAUGAUACUCAUUACUUUGCCGUGGCUGUGGACCCCGAAAAGAACAUCACUGUCCAGUGGAAAAUGCAUGGCCAUCCUUCUGUCACUGGCUACCAGGUGGUUAAAGAACUGUGCGGGUACAUUUCCGAAGAAGUCGACAGAGUAGCUGUUGGUGAUGUGGUGGUCAUUGGAGUGGGACAGCAUUUCAGGCCCUUUCCCCUGGAGAUCUUCAUCCAGAGGCUGAUCAACAUGUGGAAGGCCAUCCUGAGGCUCCAGGAACGUAGCCCCCAGACCCUCGUUGUCAUCAAGCUGGAGAACACCAGGGAGUUUAGUUCAACGAUGACCCACCUGAGUGACUGGUUUGGCUAUGUGCAGAACCUGGCUCAGAGGAAGGUGUUCAGGGACCUGAAGGUGGUGCUGGUAGAUGCCUGGGACAUUACAACAGCAGCUAACACCUUCGCAAUCCACCCUAACACCAUUGUUGUUUCCAAUGAGAUAUCUCUGGCUCUGUCACACCUCUGUCAUGAUGCAUAGAGGUGCUUUCUGAAAGGAACUAUAUAGCUGGACUUUCAAAAUCCAGUUCUGCACAGAUUAUGUUCAAAGCUCAGGGGCUUGUGAAACAGGACACUGUUCUGUUGCCAUUUUUAGGUUUUUAAUUGCGUCUCUUAUAGCGAUAGUUGGUGUUUUAAUUCUUGGGUGGGACUUCAGUGGGUUUUUAUUCAUAUUUCAUAUUCAGGGAUUUUUCGAGCCCCUGAAUUCAGCCAAAUGUAUUGAUCUCCCACCAGUAGCCAUUCCUACUGAGGUCAGGAGGAGUCCUCUCUGAUUAUUUCUCUAACUGCAGAGGCACCACUGAUCACACUCCAUUAACAUUGUAUGACUUCAUUGUGUCAGGUGAUGCAAAUUUGUUUUCUUAAGUACACUAUUAUUAUAGUUUUGUUCAGUUAUGGGGUCUCAGGUGAAAUCACAGAGGUUUUGAUUGCUUACAGUUUUUUUCCGAUAGCUUACACACUAAAAUUGAAUGCUUAGACAAAAGCAUAAAAACCUUUAUUUUAGUAACCAUGCCUUCAACAAAGGCACCAAAAAUACGAACACAUUUUCUCAUUUGCAAUUUUUUGCAAUUUUGCAACACGCUUCUUGCAAAACACUACACACUGUUUCUUACAUUAGACACUUCAUUCAUGAAUUCAAUCUCUUGCAAUCAUUAGCCAAACUCACCUGAACUUGGGAACACCCACCCACACACACAUACAUGUUAACACUUAUACAUUACUUGAACAGCAAUCAGUCUGAGCCUUAGCAGUAAGGAAGCAAGUAAGCAAGAGGAAAAGGAAGAUGAAGAGAUACAUUUUUGGCAUUUUAGAGAUAGAGAGGAGAAGGAGGAGGACAAAGACAAGAACAGAGAAGGGGACCAGAAUAUAGAUGGAGACAUAUUUUCAACACUUUGUUGGACCAUGUCAUAAAUCAUUACAUUACAUUACAUUAUUGGCAUUUGGCGGACGCUCUUAUCCAGAGCGACAUACAGUUGAUUAGACUAAGCAGGAGACAAUCCUCCCCUGGAGCAAUGCAGGGUUAAGGGCCUUGCUCAAGGGCCCAACGGCUGUGCGGAUCUUAUCGUGGCUACAACGGGAUUAGAACCACCAACCUUGCGUGUCCCAGUCAUUUACCUUCACCACUACACUACAGGCCGCCCUCAUGAUGAGGGAGGCCGGGCAGAGAGUCCAGCCCAACCUGAGUCACUACACAGUAGCAUCCACAAUACAGACAUUUAGACUGGAGAACUGGUAUGUCUUCAACUUUCUACACAAGACUGUACCUAUUGAAUUGUUGCACAUCACAGUACAAUACAAUGUAGGCCUACAAUAUUAGGUCUUUGCUCCUCAGUGAACCAAAAAAAUAGGUAUAGUGCUGUGAUGCACAUGUAAUGCAGUUACCUUGGUGUUACUUUUGAUCCAGAUCUUGUGUUUGAUGCACAUAUUAAAAACAUCUCUCGGGUUGCUUUUUAUCACUUGAGGAAUAUCUCCAAAAUUUGGAAGAUACUGUCCCUAAAUGAUGCAGAAAAGCUAGUGCAUGCUUUUGUUACACCUCAAGAUUAGAUUAGAACAAUGCUCUUUUGUCUGGAUGUGCAAAUUCCUCUCCGAAAGGGCUCCAGCUAAUUCAAAAUGCAGUAGCUUGUUUUCUUACUAGAACAAGGAGAUUUGAGCACAUCAGCCCAGUGUUUGCUUCACUGCACUCGCUGCCUGUUAAAUUCCGAAUAGAUUACAAAAUACUACUUCUGACUUUUAAAGCCUUACAUGGGCUUGCCCCUCUGUAUGUAAACAAUUUACUUCAUCCUUAUACUCCCUCCCGAAUACUCCGUUCACAGGGUGCAGGCUUCCUUGUUAUUCCUAGGAUAACUAAAAGUUCCAUAGGUGUCAGAGCCUUUUCCCAUCAUGCUCAUUUCCUGUGGAACAAAUCGCCUGCUCAUGUUCAGGGUGCAGACACUAUCGCCUUAUUUAAAGCUAGGCUAAAAACGUAUCUCUUUAGUCUGUCCUAUAGUUGAGGGGCAGGAGUGGGUGGCUGGCAUAAGCUAGUCUCUGGUGGACAUGGCGGUCAGUGCUGUCAGUGGAUCAUUGUUGGUAGUGCUGUGUUAAGCAUAACCAGUCAUUGUCUGGUAGUGACCGUCUCAAGCCUACCCUCAUGGCUGUAUUGGCCACUGCCUCUGUUUCCCUGAGCUAUGCUGCCAUAGCCUUAUUCUGCCGGGGUUCUCCUUAUCGCACGCAGGUACCUCUCCCUCUUGCUGUGAGUUUUUCCUUGCCACUGUUGCCCUAGGCGUACUCUUUUGGCCCGGUUUCUCUGUCAAGCUGCUUUGCGACAAAGGCCCUUUGUAAAAAGCGCUAUACAAAUAACAUUUAUUUGAAUUGUUAUGACCUCCUGAGGGUUGAAGGCAAUGUCUGUUCACCCAUGAACAGGAACUGCGAGAGCAAAUCAUUGCAGAUCACACAACAUUCCAUGAUGUGAACCGUGUCAGUAUACCGACACUCUGCCGCAUAUUGAGUCAACACCAAAUUACACAUGAAACAGCUUUACAGGGCUCCAUUUGAGAGAAACUGUGUUAGAGUCAAAGAGCUUCACUAUGUGCAAGUAAGUGUCAGUGCACUAUACUCUAAUACAGUAAUGGCAGUAAAGAGCUUCACUAUGUGCAAGUAAGUGUCAGUGCACUAUACUCUAAUACAGUAGUGGUAGUAGAUUGUCUCCUUCUGCCACUGCAUAGAUACAUGCAGACAGAGCAGUGUGUGACCGAGGCAGGUGCCAUUUUGGGCGGUCAUAUUUUCCUCAUUGCCUCGCCAGGGAUGACAUUGCUUGUGAUGUGGCCAGAUCCUAACAGAAGGCAGGAUCUGUAAACCAUCCACCCCAUCCCUUACAAUCCCUUACAAUACUAUGUCAUUAUUUUUGGUUUACAGUAACAUAUUGUAAUGAUUACUGUAUUGUACUUCUACUUUUCUUUCUGUUUUUUUUUGUUGUUGUAAAAACCUGCAAUGGCAAAAAAUAAAAAUAAAUAAAUAAGCUGUA